UGGGUGCUGACAAACAAACCAACCAUCAGGCUGCAGCUGGGUGCAGGCAUGGCCACCAUUUUAGAAGCAGCAGGGCAGGGCCUGCCUCCCUCUGGUCCUGGACAUGGCUGCCGGGGGCUCUGUGUGAGGGUGGCUGAGCAGUGUCCUUGGAACCUGCAGCAUGAAAAGCGGCGUCAAUAUUAUGUAGUUCUUUUGUUGGUUUUGUUUUCUUUAUUGCAGAAAUGACCUUAUUUUUUUUCACAUUAAAGCCAAAAAACAAAACUUUCUAGUGCACAUGGCAUGCACUUAAGAAUUAAGAUCAGGACUAAAGGAAUUUGGUCAAUGCCUGGUAAUGGAGCACAUAAUGCAAGCAGGUUCCUGGAGAAGUGUGUGAGCCUGCUCUUCGGGGAGGGCUGAGAACUGGGGACGUGGCCAAAGCUCACCAUCCUGUUUGCCCAGCACUGCACCUCGUGAACAGGGAGCAGCAGGCAGCAAGGUGCGCUGGACCCGGCGAGGAAGGACUCUGGAGAUCACAGUGUCUUCCAGGGAGCGAGGGUUCUCCAGCUCCCAGAAGGUUUGCUGGUCCUGAAGUACUGAUUUGCAGCCCGUGCUGCUGGCCCUGCUCAUGGCUUUGCCUCGAACACGUGCUGAGCUCUGGCACGCAGGGGAUUUGUUCUCGCCUUUGGGCAAUGAAAUCCUAUUUGACUUCUGCUGCUAAUAAGUCUUAAUCCCCUGCAGCGAAGGACAACAACCGUGGCUGCUUUAUUUACUGAGAAAAGAUUAAAAGGCAAUUUGUGCUGCGAGAAGUACAGUCGUACUGAGACGCUCUUGCACUUGAUAGGAGAAGCAGGCCCACGCUUCCAGCAGCUGGCUGCCCCGAGGCCUGGUGUGCGAAGUGGCUUGCUGUGGGCCAGGAACUUGGCUGGCAGUGGGGUGGGAUGGGGGGACAAGUCACAGGACAUCUCCUGCUUGAGCUGUUGCUGCUAACGACUGCACGUCCACCUGUGGCCUGGGUUUGUUUGGGUGCUUUUUGCAUUUGCAUCCUGAAGCAGGUUCGUAAGCAGCUUCUCCCACCUGCUGGCAUGCUGGAUGAGGGCUCGGUUACUGCAGAGGUGCUGCUGCCUUUCAGAGGGUACGUCCAGUGUUCAUCCUGCUCCCGUGGCAUUCAGUGCUGCGUGGAGGUCAGUCAGAGAUAUUGAAGGACAGCAGAGGAAAGCUUUGCGUUUUUACACCGGUUUUGUGACUUGUCCCACCCGAAGCAACACGGGCAAUCUGUGCGAGGCCGCCGAGCCGUUCCUCUCGUUUCUCUUCGUUCUCUAGAUCUCUGGAGGAUGCUCGCCGCGCCCGCUUCGCCGCGGUGUUCUAACAGGGGUGCUUCUCACCACGCCUCGGAGCUCCCGAGUACUCGGGCUGCCGCGGGAAGAAAGCUUUUUGCGGGGCCACGCUGCCUCCCGGUGGCCUUUGAGUUUCUUACAGUGCUGCCUCGGAACGAAGCAGCGCUUCGAGGCGCGCUGUGGCCGCAUCCCGCAGCUCCGCGGGGCCGCACCCGGGGCCGAGCAGCUCCGCGGGAUCUGCGGGAGCGAGCGAGCGAGGCAGGAGAGGAAUGUCGCAAUGAGCGGCUGAUAACUUCACCGAACUUACUUUUUUUUUUUUCCCCCCUUUGAUACAGACUGUGUCGAUAGCAGUGUGUGUGUAAGAGGAUUACACUGCGGCUUUGAUCGUUUGCUAGGGAUUGUACUCUGGACUACGUUACCACUGAGGCUCGGGUCCCAUCAAGGUUGCGCUCAGCUAUUUCCCACCGAGGUUACACAACACCUUUCUGCUGCCUUGCGAAUGCUGUCCUGCUAUGGAGAGUUCUGUUCUGCAGCGUGUUUCCCUAAAACGGACCGGUUCCAAGGAGGGCUUUGAACAGAGCUUCCCUCACCUGGGUGACUUUCUCACAGGCUUUGGCAGCGGGGGAUGCUGCACCCCCAGCGCUCACCUGGCUGUGUUCCUCCCAUGCUGUGUUCCCCCCAUGCUGCCUCCCCGCAGGGAGGGCCCUGUGCUGCCCCAGCCGCCUUGUCCCACGGGAAGGGCUCUGCUGAAUGCAGCCCUCCUGCUGGUUCCCGUUGCAAAUGCCAAAAAGUGGGCGACUGCAGCGUAUGAUGUGUAAUCAGGAGCUGAAGUGCUGACUCUGCAUGCUCCAAGUGCCUGAACGCCUCAAUGAAGGGACGUGGCAGGGUAACCUCUGUGCAGAGUGAUCGGAGGAGAGCUCACCCCCUGGGCGGGAUCCAAACACAACAUGGGAUUAACUUUGCCCUAUCUGUGCUGCUGGCUGCUGAGAGUCGGUGAGAGCGCUUAUGUGAUCGGUCCUGAGCAGAACACUGGUGUCAAACAUGGGAGCUAAACUGCUCUGCCUCUUCAUCGCCUCUGCCCUUGUGGCGUACUACAUCUACAGCCCCAUCCCGGAGAACAUCGAGGAGCCCUGGAAGCUAAUGCUGACGUCGGCAGCGUUUAGGACACUCGGGCACAUGGCUGAGGCUGCUGAGCGGCUGGGGCUGGCGCACUACAUGGAUGUCCUGAUGUUAUUCUCAGCCACUGAGUACGUGGCACCAACCUCAGAUGAGAACACCACUGUGACAGACACGGAGCUCAGCGGUGUUGCCGUCCGCCUCUACCUGCCCAAAAAGCCAGCGGACGGGCUGAGGAGGGCGGUGCUCUUCUUCCACGGCGGAGGAUGGUGUGUCGGGAGCGCAGGCAUGAAAUCCUAUGACCUUCUGUCAAGAAGGACUUCAAGCCACUUAAAUGCUGUUGUGGUAUCGGUCAAUUACAGGCUGGCCCCCAGAUACCACUUUCCGGUGCAGUUUGAAGACGUGUACUCAGUCACAAAGUUCUUCCUGCAAAGCAGCGUGCUGUCCCAGUACGGCGUGGACCCACAGCGGGUCUGCGUUGCAGGAGACAGCGCAGGCGGCAACCUAGCGGCAGCUGUGGCCCAGCAGCUGCUGGAGGACUCUGAAGUCAAAACCAAGCUUAAGGUCCAAGCUUUGAUUUAUCCCGCUCUUCAAACUCUUGAUCUGAAUUUGCCAUCUUACCAACAGAACCAAAACAUGCCAAUUCUGUCCAAGUCGCUCAUGGUCAGGUUCUGGAGUGAAUAUUUUACAUCCGAUCCAUCUCUCAGGGAAGCGAUGUCCUCCAACCGCCACGUCCCGGCCAAAUGGGGCCACUUGUUUCAGUUUGUGAACUGGAGCGCCUUGCUGCCCGACCAGCUGAAGAAGGACCACGUUUACACCAGCCCGGUGUUCGGGAGCCCCGCACUCGCCAAGAAGUACCCCGGGUUCCUGGACCCGCGGGCGGCCCCGCUGCUGGCGGCAGAGGCACAGCUGCGGGGGCUGCCCCCCACCUACAUCCUCACCUGCGAGCACGAUGUGCUGCGGGACGACGGGGUCAUGUAUGCCACGCGCCUCAGGGCGGCGGGCGUUCCCCUCACGCACGAGCACGCUGAGGACGGCUUCCACGGGGCGCUGAUAUUUGUCUCCAGCCCAAACGACAUGCCCGUGGGGCACAGGCUGAUGAGCAGGUACUUGCAGUGGCUGGAGGAGCAUCUGUAGCCGGAGAUGGUGCUUUGG